ACCCAAGUGGAACUAAUGUUCCAACAGUUACAGCCUCGAACCUGCCUGCAGCCGCUAACAAUAGUCCCGGACCCAACACAGGAACGGAGGAAGAGCACAUGAAAGCCAAUCAAGCACUCAUUAUUGUCAUGGUGAUCGGAGCAGCCGUGACGGUGGCCCUGAUUUUGUUCACUCUGCGACAGCGUCGGCAUAAAGUCUGGAGAAGGGUCACCGAUAAAGACAUGGCAGCAGCAAAAGCAGCUCUAGGGGAAAAAAGAAGAAAAGAAGCCAGUGGUAAGGCACAACAUUACAAGAUCGAUGUCGGUACAAAGCCUUUAAAUCCUGAAGUCAAAGCAAACUAUGGCAACCAUCCACUUUCUACUACUGCCGCUACCACCAACCAUGAUCAUAUACGUCGUCCGUCAGUGAGUCCAGGCUGGGCAUGGAGGCCAGUAGAAUUGACGCCAAUGGACAAUCCCAUGUCCAGUAGGACUCACCUUACCUCGCCAUCCCCAUCCUCAUCUACUGCAGAUAAUGGGUCAACACCGCCUAUUCCUAGACAUAGUAAACCAAAUCCAUUAUUGAUCUAAAAUAUACGCUAAUUUUUAAUAUCCCUGACAAGAAGAUGGUUGGAUAUCUUGAGGGGCAAAA